CUGAUAUGAGCUGGAAUGACCCAUAUUCAUGCCUAUUGUUUUUUUCAGAUACGUCCUAAUUUACCAUCCAAGCCUUACCUCAUUGGUCUGACAGGUGGCAGUGCAAGUGGAAAGAGCUCAAUUUGCAAGAGGCUACACAAGAUUGGAGCAGGUAUUGUGAAAUGCGAUGAGCUUGGACACAAGGCUUACGAGCCAGGAACAGAAACAUUUAAAGAGGUUGUGAAACAGUUUGGAGAAGCCAUUGUAGGUGAAGAUGGUUUCAUAAAUCGUAAGAUGUUAGGUGCUAAAGUAUUUUCUGAUGCAGCCAACUUAGAGAAACUAAACCAGAUCGUGUGGCCAGCAAUUGCCCAGAUGGCUAAAAAAGAAAUAGAGACAUUUUCUGAGCAAGGUAAGGUUUGUAUUUAGUAACUGGGAAG